AUGAUAUCAUGCUUCCCUCCCAUAUUCAAUCCUACAACCGGAACAGACACUCGCCUCAGCGUAGCUGGACAAAUGACAAGGUCUGUUCAUAUGAAGAGAAAGGGGAUUUCUCCUUUGCUAUGGUCGGUGGAAGCAAUGCAGCAGCUCCUCGGAUGUGAUGUUUCGGAUAUACUGACAGACCAUGAAAACAAUCCUGAUGAGAUAUUGAUUUCUUUCCGAAUACUGGAGGCGAGACUGAUGUAUUCUCGUGUCAUACUGAUGUUUGGCUGGUGUUCUACUGACCAAAGAAUAGCAAUUUGCAAAGUGAUCAAAUGA